AUGUUGCUAGUACUUUUACUAGCGGCUACAAAUGCUGUAGCAGCAGCAACAACAAGAAUAAGCGCAAGAGAAGGAGGAGCAGACGAUGGAAAAGCCGGCGGCUUGAUGGCCAAGCAUAACUGCACACCCAAAUGUGGUAAUAUCGACAUUCCAUACCCAUUUGGGAUUGGCAGCGGUUGUUACUUCGGACCACGAUUCGAAAUCACCUGCGAUCAAUCCAUGAUGGGUCCACAGCAACCCGAUUGA